GACUGAAUUUUACGUGAAACCCGAGACUAAGACGAGGUGUGAGUUUAGUAGUAAUAUAAUUGACCGCACAAAUACGUCAAGGCUCUAUGUGUUAAUGACUUUGCGUCACUAGAAUAUGUUAGCAUCAUUAUUUGGUUCGUAUUGGAGAGCCAGCUUGCCCGAGCGCGCGAACGCCACAAAUAAAGGAACGCGCGCACCUGCGAGCCUUUACAACUCUGGGAAGACAGAACUGAACACCAUCCUCCUGAACUCCCGCUCAUCUCAGUGUAUUUAAAAGGUGUGGAUUUGAGGAUGUCCUGCGGUUGGUUGCUCGUGCUGUUCUCUCAUGUGCUGCUGAUGCUCGCGUGUCCUCGACCCUCGCGCUGUUCGCUCGACUAUCCGUCAUUCACGGACAACAGUGACCCCCAGUCUGAGCGCUAUGAGAAACGAUAUGAUGAUAUUGAUUAUGACAGUUUCAUUGGCCUGAUGGGCAGGAGGAGCGCAGGAACAAAUCGUGACACAAAUCCACCAUUUAGACCUAAUAUGAAUGACAUCUUUGUUGGAUUGUUAGGACGGAGAAACACUGCUAUUCCUGCUUGGAGAGGACAGAGAAGAGGCAAUAUUUUCUUAAAGGACAGAAGGCAGAGGUUUUGCUGUGGUGUAUGAAGCCUGACUUCUUCAGUCCAGAACUCAUCUACCAUGCAGUUCAGCCAUUCUGAAGAAAAAAUAUGUCUUUGUACGAUAACUAAGCUGUACGAGUUUCAGUUUAUUGUCAGUGUGUUAAUUGUGGUAUAUUUUGUCUCUUUUUAUGUAGGAUAAAAAUUCUUACAUUUACGCCAUUAAGAUUUCUGAGUACAGAAUGCACUCAAAUCAGACAAAGGAUGUGUUGAUAGAUGUACUUAGUUUUCAGAAAUGACAACAAUCCAGGGAUGAAAAGACAGAUGUAGGAAAACCGAAAAAUAUAUAAGGGACACGUUUUAAAUUUUCUUGCUCAUACCUUAUUAAUUUUACAUAUGCUGCAAAAAUACUAUUUUAUUUUAUUUAUUCAUAG